CUUGUUGGCUCGUUGUAUUGUUAAUUUGUGAGGGCAGAAUGUUGAAUAAAAGGAACCAAGAUCAUAAUAUUUUUUUACUAGCAAUGGAAAGGAGAGGAGCAAAAGAGGGAGCCAAAACAUAGCAAGGAAAAGGAAAAAGAAAAUGAUCCUCUCUCCCCAGCACUUGCGACAGGUACUAGCAGGCUAGCGGCUGCCUCCCUUGUCCCCACCGGCCGCCACCACCACCACCACGGCACCACCACACCGACCCCCUUCCCCUCCCCUCUCCCUGUCGUGCGGUGCCUCCUCCGCCCAAAUCCCCAAAUCCGCGCCUCCGAUCCGCCGCCGUCCACGAUCUGCCGCAGCCGUUGACCCGCUAAAAAUGGCCUCCGGGCCGCCCUCGCCAUCCGGCAAACCCUACUCGCGCAAAUCUCACGCCAGCUCCAAGGCUCCCAGCGUCCCUUCCUUCGACGCCCACAACGGCCAGCUCCUACCCACCGUCACCUUUUCGCUGCCCUCCACGACCACCGCCCGCCGGGAGCUGCGCCGCCGCCUCUCUUCCGAGCUCUCCCAGGUGCGCGCCGCCGUCAAGCGCCUGAACUCCCUCCCGGCUCCCGCCCCCUCCUCGGCGCUCUCUGCCACCGACCCCUCCACGCCGCAUCCGCCGUACCCGCCGGCGUCCAAGCACAAGUCUAAGAAGGGCGGCGGAGUCCCGCAGCCGCACCUCUCGGCGGAGGCGCGGCGCAAGCUCUACGCGCCCGUGUUCAAGACCUGCGCCGCUCUGCUCUCCAGGCUGAUGAAGCACAAGCACAGCUGGGUGUUCAACAAGCCCGUAGAUGCGAGCGCGCUUGGCCUGCACGACUACCAUACAAUCAUCACCAAACCCAUGGACCUCGGCACAGUCAAGUCAAAGCUAGGUGCCGGGCAGUACAAGUCACCACGGGAAUUUGCAGGUGAUGUGCGUCUGACGUUCCAGAACGCCAUGACGUACAACCCCAAGGGCCAGGACGUGCACUUCAUGGCCGAGCAGCUGCUUAACAUGUUCGAGGAGAAGUGGCCGGAGAUUGAGGCUGAGAUAGCUCAGCUAUCACCACAGCCUCCUACACCAUCCUCAGCAGCACCCAAAAAGCCAAAGCCAAAGGAGAUAGAUAAUUCUAGGCCGUUAGAGAGGUCUGAUUCGACAGUUCAUGCUGCCGGGAUAGAAGCUACCCCGAAGACACACACUGGCAGACCCCAAGUUUUAAAGAAGCCCAAGGCAAGGGAGCCCAAUAAGAGGGAUAUGACAUUCUGGGAGAAGCAGCGGCUUAGCAAUAACCUCCAGGAUUUGCCACCAGAGAAGCUAGACAAUGUUGUUCAGAUCAUAAAGAAGAGGAACUUGUCACUCAGCCAGCACGACGAUGAGAUUGAGGUUGAUAUCGAUAGCUUUGAUGUUGAAACAUUAUGGGAGCUCGAUAGAUUCGUGACAAACUAUAGGAAGAGUAUAACUAAGAAUAAGCGGAAGGCUGAGCUUUCUGCGGUAAGGCCGGAUGAAGCUGAUCCUGAUCAGGAGCCGGAGAAGGUAGAACAUGUGAGGCAGGGCAAGGCGGAUCAGGAUCAAAUUCCUGCAGUACAAGAACCGAUUCCAGAACCAGAAACAGUUGAUGUUGAUCCACCUAAGGAAAGUGCAGCAGAUGAUAAUGAGAGAUGUGUGGGUGAAUCAUCACCUGGUCAUUUGGAAGAUCAGAAGGGAGAGAAUGCUGGUAGAUCAAGUAGUUCUGGAAGCUCUAGCAGUGACUCGGGUUCAUCCUCUAGUGAUACGGACACAGAUAGUUCAUCAGCAGAUGGUUCUGAUGCUGGGCAAUCACCCAGAACGUAGCAUCUAUAAGCCAGAAUUUCACUAUGCACAAGUGACUCUGGAAGUCUCUGUUGGACAUGUCCAAACCAUCUCAACUGCUUUGGACAAGCUUUUCUUCAAUUGGUGCUACUACCCCUAGCCUAUCACAUGUUGAUGGGGGCACUGGAAACCAUAACACCUUAGUUCAAGAAAGGAUUCUAGCAUGAAUUUAUGGGGUGAGAUUGCUGUAAAUUUUGGCCAUGUAGGAACUCUAACCAGUGCCAUGCUGUUUGUCGUUUUGUUGACGAAGUGGAUCCCCAGGAUAGCACAUGCACGGAUUCACCUGUACAACUGUCAGCAGUUGUGUACUUACUGUAGAGUGUGCCGUAUUUACCUAGUCGCCGAGCUGGAAGUUACCUCAACAUAUUGGAAUUGGAUAGGAGGAAACCUGAAAACUGGGGCAGGUAGUGGAACAUGCGGUGAGGUGAAGACCAGGAACCUGGAGGCCUCGCCCUGUUGUAAGAUUGUACAAUUGUUAUAGCCGUGUAAUUCCUGUCGGUGUUUGCAUCAGCAUUAGUUUUUCUUUAUAAAAGGUUUGCAGCAUUGCCAUUGAUUUCUCUCUCUUAUUGCCCCGGGACAGCUGGGGACAGAUAGGACAUGGAUGUUUCCUUGUGUCCUCUCUCGUCUCUAUAAUCUUGAGUCUUUAAUCUUAAGAGAUAAUUUGGGAUAACACUAGGUAGUCCCUUUUCAACCUCUGACUUUGAACCAAACAAACUUAUUUAAGUAUCGUCCUAUCCCGUCCUGUUCUGUCGUUACAAUCAAACGCACUUUAAUUGAGCUGCUUGUGUGCUCCAGUCCAUGGGAUCGGUGAAGGAGAAGCAUCUAGUAAUUUGAAUGGUGAUCUAAUGCCUUGCUAUAAGAAAACACCCCAAGUAGGAGCUCCAUGGGUUUUCUUUUUCAUGAUGAAACUCUCACGUCCACCGUCGGAGUAUCAUACAUCCCUGAAAAAAUUAGCAGCAAUUGUACAAGGGAUCGCGAAAAAGCAGGCUAGAGUGUUUCCUGUUUCGUUUGUUCGGCGGCCUCUUCGGCUCUUCCCGGUGGGGACGCGAGCGCGAACACAUCGCGUUAUCCCCGGCUCCGGCCAAAUGCUCCCGCUUCGCCGCCUACCGCCGCUCCCACUGCCACGCGGUCCCGCACCCCGCCGCCUGCUAUCGGCCGCGGCAUCCGCGGCCGCCGUCUCGCCGCUUCCAUGGCCAGGCCUCAGCGCCUGGCGCCGGGCGCCGCCCAGCGACCUCCGCACGUGGGGCCCGAACGGUCCCUGCGCCUCCGGCGACGUCGAUGAGCCGGCUGCUGACGCCGGUGCGGCCUCGUCGCUGGCGGAGAUGGGGGCGCUCGUGCUGUCCACCGCCGACCCCCUCGCCAAGGCACGGCGCACCCACGCCGCCUUCUCCCGGUGGGCCGCCGGGCUCCCCAUCGGCCAGGCGACGGCCCCCGACCACCCCGCCAGGCCCGAUAAGCCCCUCGUGGUGACGCAGAAGGAGAUUACCACGCACAAGGAGAUGGGGGUGCCGCUCAACGCGUACAUGCUGCACAACCUGGCGCACGUCGAGCUCAACGCCAUCGACCUCGCAUGGGACACCGUCGUGCGGUUCGCGCCGCUCAGGGAUACGCUGGGGGACGGCUUCUUCGCGGAUUUCGCGCGUGUGGCCGAUGACGAGAGCCGACAUUUUCGCUGGUACUCGCAGCGGCUAGGGGAGCUUGGGUUCAGUUAUGGUGAUAUGCCUGUUCACAAUCUUCUGUGGAGGGAGUGUGCAAAGUCCUCAAGUGACGUUUCUGCACGAUUGGCAGUGAUUCCUUUGGUCCAGGAAGCCAGAGGUCUCGAUGCUGGACCAAGGUUAGUCCAAAGGUUAUCUGGUUUUGGGGACCAUCGAUCUGCAGACAUUGUGGCAAGAGUAGCAGAGGAAGAGCUUGCACAUGUUUCUGUAGGUUUGUAUUGGUUUCUCAAAGUAUGCCAAAUGAUGGGUCGUGAACCAGGCGAUACUUUCAAAGACUUGAUAAAGGAAUACAGUGUUGUACUGAAGGGUCCAUUUAACUAUCCGGCUCGUGAUGAAGCUGGUAUACCCCGAGAAUGGUAUGACGAGAAGUUCAAACAAGAAGCAGCACAAAAACUUUCAGAGGUCCAUGAUAGAUUAGCUUGUAUUGUUGAGAUGGAGAAAGAGAGUGCAAGUUUGAAUGACUAAGUGCCACUUGAUGUACAUGGGAGAUUGGGUUUUGUCUGGCUGGAGUGGAAAGAUUAACGAAUCAUCAAAGUGUGUACCUACCAGUGGAUGCUUGGAAAGUUUUCUGCCGUCGGAUGGGAAACCAGAUAUUGUAGGCCUGGAGCCGUGAACUAAUACCAUUAGGAUGCUGGGUUACUUUUUUUUUGGAAACUAGACGCUGUAUUACUUGGAUGUAUUAUUUGGAACAACACUGACGGUGGAUUGGUAUGAUACAUGUCCAUUCUUCAUUCUACUGCAGGCUUAGCGAGUGCCAAAUGUUGUGUUCAGCCCUCUGAUCUAUGAUCUGAACAAGCAGUUAUAUUGACUGUACAGUGAGUACCAAAUGCUCGUGGGCGCCCAUGAUGCCUAUCACCCUAUAGCACCUUUUUUUGUCUUUACUUGACCCACUUUGUUUUUAAACUAACUCUCAGCUUCCAAAGUUAUUGAUGCUCCAUAAAUCAUGAGUGAUCCCAUGAUUUUUGUUUCUUCUCCAAGAUAAGAUGUAUCCUGCUCAGAUUAGAAUUAAAGAUAUGUCUCUCCCUUCUUUUAGCAUUGCUCUUAUUGUUAAAAGAGCUUUCAGUUGUUUUUUGCAGUCAUGGCUGUUUCAAUUUUUGUGAGCUAGGGCCCUUGCCCAUGUAUACCAGUGCUAAACUGCUGACAUAAUUCCUCAGUAAUCCCUCAUAAGAUGUUUCAGCUUU